AUGCCUCCCAAGAAGACCAGCACUGGUGGCGCGAAGAAGGCAGCUGCCGCAUCUGCGCAUGCCUCGUAUGAGGACAUGAUCAAGGAGGCCAUCAUCAACCUCAAGGAUCGCUCUGGUAGCAGCCGCCAGGCCCUCAAGAAAUAUGUCCAAGCCAACAACAACCUUGGCGGUGUCACCGAUGCCUCCUUCACCUCGCACUUCAACCGCGCUCUUCAAAAGGGAUCCGAGUCCGGCACUUUCGCUCGUCCAAAGGGUCCCUCCGGCCCAGUGAAGCUCGCUGGCCCAAAGAAGGAUGAUGCUGCUCCAGCCGCCACGAAGACUACCACAGCUAAGGCACCGGCGAAGGCCAAGGCCACCAAGACCGCUGCCGCAAAGAAGGCGCCUGCAAAGACUGCUGCCAAGAAGACUACAACGGCUAAGAAGGCUCCAGCCAAGAAGACUGCUGCUGCAAAGACAACCAAGGCCAAGGCCAAUGUCGGCAAACCACGCAAGACCCCAGCUGCUGCUCCCGCUGUCGAGGAGAAGGCACCCACCGUUCUCACCAAGACCAAGACCGGCCGUGUCGUCAAGACAACCCAGCCUCAACCCGCAAAGAAGGCCGCUGCGAAGCGAAAGGCUCCCGCCAAGAAGGCCACCCCGAAGAAGGCUGCCACGCCCAAGUCCAAGGCAUAA